UUGCUGAACAGCGAGGGCCGAGAGCUGCGACGGGCACUCUUCUCCCUCAAGCAGAUCUUUCAGGAGGACAAGGAUCUCGUUCAUGAGUUUGUGCAGAAUGACGGACUGGCGUGUCUCAUCAAGGUGGGCAAUGAGGCAGAUCAGAACUAUCAGAAUUACAUACUCAGAGCUCUCGGCCAGGUGAUGCUGUACGUAGACGGUAUGAAUGGUGUGAUGGAGCACGGCCAGACAGUUCAAUGGCUGUACACCCUCAUUGCAAGUCGGUUUCGGCUUGUCGUCAAGACCGCCCUCAAGCUCCUACUCGUAUUUGUCGAGUACGUUGAGACCAACAGCCUUCUCUUAGUACGUGCUGUACGGUCAGUUGACACCUCCCGUGGUAUGAUACCAUGGACCAAUGUGAUGAAGCUACUCAAGGAUUACGAUGCAGCUGACACUGAAUUACUCAUUUAUGCAACAACACUGGUCAAUAAGUGUCUCAAUGGUAUACCCGAUCAGGACACUUAUUACGAUCAAGUUGAUUGUCUCGAGGAGCAGGGAAUUGAGGGAAUUAUUCAGCGUUACAUGUCGAAGCAGGGAACUGAUUUGGAUUUACUGAGGCAAUUUCAAAUUUACGAGGCUGUUUUGCAUCACGAGGAUGGCAAUGACCGGGGCUCGCCCAUUCGACAGCUUGACGAUAACAUCAGGAAAACUCUGAGGAACAGAAAGUCCCUGGUUGAUUCCCAAGAGCGUCGAAAAUCUCGUAGACAUUCAACGGGCACAUCGCCACUGUCCAUGUCGUUAAAUGCCCGGCUGAGUCCACGUCUGAAUCAUUCUCUCGGUUUGAAUUCACUGAAUGGUACACUCAAUUCGAGUUUACUCGACGACGACGACGAGUCCAGCAGCUCACAAAGCUCCCAGGGACUUGGUGAUGUUCAGCUUAAUGGAAGCUACAAGGAGAACAAAGGUGGAUAUCCCAACGAUGUUGGAGUGACUCCGGCAUUGAGACGACGAAGAGAGAGGGCUGAACGUCAACGUAGCUUUAUCAGAGAGCAGCAAGAAGCCACUGCAAACAUGAAAGCAACCAUUGGCAAUACAGAGGAUCAAGAAGGACCAUUCGUCUCGAAUGGCCAACGCUAUACCAAUGGUACACCGUACGAGCGUAACGAGACAACGAGCAACAAGAUAUCAAGGGCCAAUAGCCGCAAGGAUCUUACACCACUGAUGAAUGUCGCUAACAAGCUAGAUUCGGAGGAGAAGAAACCGUGGUAUGGCAAGAGUCCGGAUGAGGGGGUCGAGUGUGACGAGGGAAAUCAUACGGAUGAGGAUGAGGAUCGUCGAGUACUGGUGCAGAUGAAGCGUGAUGGUACUGUUAAGGAUUUAACUCAAAAAUUGACAGCUCAGAAUCUAAUGCCAAGCAGUCCUGUUGAGGAUAAAGUAUCUAGAAUAGGGGAUAUGAGUGGUUUGAUAUCAAAAGCUAAAGAGGGCCUGGCUAAAUCAAAAUCAAAAGCUGAUAUUGUUAAAUCACCGACUGGUGAUAAUCUACCAAAAUUGUCAGAGAUUAAAAAAUCGGAGAAUGAGCUGCAUUGGGAAGAGCUCAUCAAUCAGCUGAAACGUCCGUUGGCACUUUGUGAUCUUGAUUUCACUGAUCUCAAUUCGGACGAUGAAAUUGACGUGCUGGGGCCAGUUAACGUGACUAAUGGAGUACCGCCACCUCCACCACCGAUGAUAUCAAGCCAGAAUGGAACAAAAGCCCAAGCACCACCACCACCACCACCUGGUGGAAGAUUUCCACCGCCUUUUCCUAAUGGACCACCACCACUUUUUGGUGUCAAUUUAAAAUCAUCAAGAUCGUGUGCAAUUACUGAGACACCUGGCACUGUUAAAUCACCACCACCCCAGACUGCUACGAAGAAGAGUAAAAAAACAGUUAAACUCUUUUGGAAGGAAGUCAGGGACGAUCCAAUCAUUCUCUCGCGUCUCGACAAAAACAAGAUGAUCUGGGAUGAGUUACAACCAGUGCCUGUGGAUACCCAAAAAUUAGAGCACCUCUUCGAGAGUCGAGCCAAGGAUCUCAUCACAAAAAAACAACAGGAGAUGAACAAGAACAAAGAGAUAAUAGUUCUGGACCACAAGAGAUCGAAUGCUAUCAACAUCGGUAUGACCAAGUUACCACCACCGAGAUCCAUAAAAACAGCUAUUCUCAAGAUGGAUGCAACAAUAAUGAAUCGAGAGGGAAUUGAGAAACUUUUAACGAUGCUACCAACGGAGGAGGAACGAUCGAGGAUCCAAGAGGCGCAGGCCGCCAGUCCUGAUCUUCCACUUGGUUCGGCUGAGCAGUUUCUACUCACUCUAGCUUCCAUAUCCGAGCUGCCGGCGAGAUUGAAGCUCUGGGCGUUCAAACUAGACUUCGAGAACUCGGAGAAGGAAAUUGCGGACCCUUUGAUGGAUCUCAAGCAAGGAAUGGAAACUCUGAGACUGAAUAAAACGUUUCGGGGUAUUCUGAGCACGCUCCUAUCAAUCGGGAUAUUCUUAAACGGAAAUGAGGUAAAGGGCUUUCAACUCGAAUACCUAGCCAAAGUACCUGAAGUCAAGGACACUGUGCAUAAGCACUCACUCCUCCAUCAUCUCUGUCACAUGGUGAUGGAGAAGUUUCCAGACUCAACAGACCUCUAUUCCGAGAUAGGAGCAGUAACUAGAGCAUCAAAGAUCGACUUUGACGAGUUAGCAUCAAACAUUUUCAAACUGGAGAGCGAGUGCAAGGCAUCGUGGGAUCACCUGAAACUCAUUGCUAAACACGAUGGAUCGACGAUGAUGAAAGUCAAAAUGUCGGAUUUUCUGGCGGAUUGUGCGGAAAGAAUAAUAGUCCUCAGCAUAGUGCAUCGACGUAUCAUCAAUAGAUUUCACAAGUUUAUUCUGUGGCUGGGAAUUCCCCUCCACCGUGUCCAGGACACAAAGCCAAAUGAGUUCUGCAGAAUAGUGUCAGAGUUUGCCCUGGAAUACAGAACGACCCGGGAGCGUGUCAUUCAGCAGCUGGAGAAGAAAGCGAAUCACCGGGAGAGGAAUAAAACCAGAGGGAAAAUGAUAACUGAGGUGGGUAAAUUCAGAACGAAAGAGGAUCGAGCAGACGCUGAACUCAGACAGCUUUUGGGCAGCGAUAUUUCUGACGUUGAGAGUCUACAUGGCACUUUACCCUGGCGAAGGCAGAGAAAAGAUGGACGUACAGCACUGGGUCCAAUCCUGAGGGACGAGUCGACUAACGGCAACGUGACAGAUGGUGAUGACGAGUUACUCGAGUCCCUCGUGAAAACUGCAACGAAGUCACCGGCGACGAGAACAACACCGAGGGAGAGAAAACGAACGAGACACGCCGAUCGUAAGUCUUUGAAACGAUCACGCACCCGUGAGAACAACACCACGCCAGAAGGGUACCGACCCUGAAGACACACGCGAAUACACUUGGUAUAACACCUCGUAACCCAAAGUGCGAAGAACGUUGAAGAAUGGACUGUCGGAGGAGGAGAAGAAGCACAUUGCUGCGUACAUAAAAGGCUAUUGAAUCUAUAUUAUUACGAUAACUGUGAUAUAUAAUGUACGCCAUUGAUGCCUCAGACGUUUUGAGGUGAAGAAGAUGCAAAGUUUUCGUGAAAUUCUCGGUGAAUAAAUAGAAUGGAUACGGUACGAUUGUAAAAAGGCAAAGGAAGAGUAUUUCUCAGUAAAAAUAAGGGUCGAGGCAAAUUCAAUAGACCAUAUCAUCUACGAAAAUAUAUAUUUUUUGUGGUUUUUCCGGGGAUGGAAAUGUAUAUGCACCACAAGCAGCACGAUAGAUCGACUAGACACAGCCUUACAAUAUCUUUUUCACUAUUAAAAUAUUUUCAAUUGAAUGAGAACGCAUGUUGACUUGAUAUUUUACCUGUGAAUGCGUCAGUGUUUGUUUUCCUUCCUCUCCCUCUUCUCUACCCUCGACUCGGCUGAUUAACGAAAAAUGUAACACCAUCACGACUUUUACGUAAAUUUCCCUACGUUCACUCGUGAAUUUUCACAAUUUCCACCACUCGAGUUUGACUUUAAAAAAAAUUAUUCGAUUUUUCACUCUCCGCAAUUAUCCGAAGUUUCACCGAUAUUUUAUUCCAAAAUCCAAACUGAACGGUAUAUAGUCGAUCCAUCGUGCUUUACUGUGAUAAGCUGAAAAAUAUUAAAAAUUCACUCAGUGGAGUUGUUUUUCGAAAAUAAUCGGAGAUAUUUGUGGCUUUUAAAAUCAAGACUCAGAGUCAACUGCCUUAUUUGUAUACGAGAAUAUAGAUGCACGAUGAGAUUUACACUAGCCUUUAAUGUUUAUUUUAUUAUCGAGAGGAUAUGAGUGGAGAAUAAUUAUGUGAAUACAUUUCUGUGACUGAUGUUUCAUGAAAUAAAGAUAAUUGAUUAAAUUACGUCUGGAUUAUGUUUAUUUGUUUGGUUCUCUGUGACUCUAUGUGAUCAGGAAUUUGCGAUGAGAUAAUCAAAUAAUUGGAGAGGGGCUUUUUUUUAACAAAAUGUGUACGUGACACAUGAUUUAUUAUUAACCUUCAUCCAACUUUAACAACAUACAAUAUAAUGUAGUAAUAAAACGUACUUUUAGUUUUACUGUAAUAAUGAUAGCGACGAGAACGUCCAUUUUCUUAUUUUUUCUCUUAAAAUCUUUCACGCACUCUGAAACACUCACGCUCAAGAAAAAAUUUAUUAACUUCAAAUUGAAUUUCAAUUUCAAUUUCAAUUGCACAUAUUACAAAUUUUCUUAUCGACUUAUUCAUGAGAUGUUGGAUUUUUCAAUAGUUCAAAGUUGUUGUCAGAGUACCGAGGAAGUAGAAAUUUUACAAUUUUGGGGGUACCUUAUCUAGGAGACAUUCGCGGAUAAGCCGAGGAAUGGGAAUAUA